UACGUACGUACACAGUGAGCAAGGAGCUCUCCUUAACGUGCCGGUGGUGCCGAUCUGGCUUAUAAAUUGGCCCACCGCACCACGGCCACCACCCACUCACUAGUUACUGCACUAAAUCCACCCCCUCACUCACUCAGCUAGAGCCUAGAGGAGAGGCUGGAAGGGGGGACGAAGAAAGGCAUGGGCUUGCGCUCCAUCUCCUCCCUCGCCGCGGCGGCGGCGGCGGCGGCGCUCGUGUUCCUGUCCCUCCUCGCCGUUGGCCACUGCCGCGAGGCCCAGUUCAACGCCAGCGACGUCGGCGUCGGCACGGAGAACUUCAACUCCAGCGACGCCGUCGUGUACAGGGGCCCCUGGACCAAGGCCAGGGCCACCUGGUACGGCCAGCCCAACGGCGCCGGCCCCGACGACAACGGUGGUGCCUGCGGCUUCAAGCACACCAACCAGUACCCGUUCAUGUCCAUGGGGUCCUGCGGCAACCAGCCAUUGUUCAAGGACGGCAAGGGAUGCGGCUCCUGCUACAAGAUUCGGUGCACCAAGGACCCGUCCUGCUCCGGCCGGACGGAGACGGUGAUCAUCACCGACAUGAACUACUACCCGGUUGCCCCCUACCACUUCGACCUCAGCGGCACGGCGUUCGGCAGGCUCGCCAAGCCCGGCCUCAACGACAAGCUCCGCCACUCCGGCAUCAUCGACAUUGAGUUCACCAGGGUGCCGUGCGAGUUCCCGGGGCUGAAGAUCGGGUUCCACGUGGAGGAGGGCUCGAGCCCCGUCUACUUCGCGGUGCUGGUGGAGUACGAGGACGGCGACGGCGACGUGGUGCAGGUGGACCUGAUGGAGUCCCGGACGGCGCACGGCCCGCCCAAGGGCAGGUGGACGCCGAUGCGCGAGUCCUGGGGAUCCAUCUGGCGGCUGGACACCAACCACCGCCUACAGGCGCCCUUCUCCAUCCGCAUCCGCAACGAGUCCGGCAAGACGCUCGUCGCCAAGGAAGUGAUCCCGGCCAACUGGAGGCCCAACGCCUUCUACCGUUCCUUCGUUCAGUACAGCUGAUCGAUCAGUCUCGAGGUACCAAUGGGUGCCCCGGCAAUUGGAGCUGGCACUCGAUCGCUACUACUACCACUACUAGUACGACGAACGGAACGGCUAGUGGUCCUUGGGAAGUAAAUGUAUGUCCCGGUCAUCGUGUUGUUUGCAUGCAGUUGUAUCAUCAUGGGUUGGGGUCUUGGGAGUCGUUGGGGCCGGGCUCCUGUUUAGCUGAGGAUGGGCAGGCAACAUUAAGCUGUGUGGGAAAUGGAGGAGGCAGGCGUACAAGGUACGCUCUCCCGCCCACUGUCGCUUCAUAAUUUAUCAUCAUCAUAUCGAACGGUGAUUAAUCAAAAGUAUAUUGUUAUGCUUAAA